AUAUGUCUAUUAAGUACAAAAAAGUGACGAUGCAACCAGGAAACUAAAUCCAUCAAAGCUAUCAACUUUUCUCUAUAAAAAUCGCCUCAGAAUUCCACUUCAACACACAUCUUUACAGCAACUAGUCGUUCUGACCAAGCCUUCAAGAUGAUGAAAGCCAUAAUUCUCGCCUUUGCGUGUCUGUACGUCGCGGCCGCCAUGAAACAAAUGGUGCCAAUCGUGAAACCCAUGGUCUUCAAACACGUCAAACCCGUUGUCGUUGGAUUUAGAAAAGCAGGCUAUGGAGGCUAUGGCGGCUAUGGAGGCUAUGGCGGCAUGGGCGGUUAUGGAGGUUGGGGAGGCAUGGGCGGCAGUGGAGGCUUUGGCGGCAUGGGCGGCUAUGGAGGAUGGGGAGGCAUGGGCGGCUAUGGAGGCUGGGGAGGCAUGGGCGGCUAUGGAGGCUGGGGAGGCAUGGGCGGCUAUGGUGGCUGGGGAGGCAUGGGCGGCGGCUACGGAUACGGCAAGAAGAUGUACUAUUAGAUCUAAGCUGUAACAAAGCUAUACGGACACUUUGGACAUAUCUGGACACUGGAAACAUAACUAUUUUUUAAUUCGCGUUGAGACACCUCAGUUUUAAAUAAAGAUGUGCAUUCCAAACUA